AUGAAAACUUUUGAAGACCUUCCGUGUGAAUGUCUUCAGGAAAUAUUUUUGCAUUUGGAAGAUGAAUAUUCAACACUUUACAAGUGUAUGUUUGUCAAUCGUUUUUGGUGUUGGCUAGUGGUUCCUAUAUUGUGGCGUAGUCCUUUUCAACCUAUUAACAACUCGCGGCUUAACUCUUUUCAACGUAUCGGCAAACGUGCCAGCAGUAAUUCGCAUAGUUUGUGUAGAACAUAUAUUGCGUCGUUAGAUGAGGUCGAAAAAGAAAUAAUACACCCGUAUGAUAGUCGUCACAACCUUCCAAAACCACUGUUUCAAUAUUCUUUGUAUUUAGAGAAAUUGUCAUUCACAGAUAUAGCGACAAUAAUAGUUGAGAGUUGGAUUAGACAUGGUGAACAAAUUGAAAUACCACGCGAUGAAUGUGUUGACAGGCUCGGAAGAAUCAUGACCGCUAUUCUUCGAUUGAUCCUGAGAACUAGUCGUUUAAGAGAGGCCAAAAUCUCCAAUUGUUUUAUUUCCUACGAUAGUCUUGGUGGCAUUCCAUUUUCCUAUGAUAUUCUGGGUGGCGUCUCAUUUUCAUCCUAUCAACCCGGAUUUUCACAAUUACGCAAUUUGGCAAUUAGUGUGAGCCUACUACAUCCAAUUCCAAACCUUACAGAAUUAUUGAGAAAUUUGUCGAAAUUAUGCACCAAUCUUCAAGAACUAGAAUAUGAGAUUGACGAUUAUCCGGAUUCUGCAAUCAUAGGCUCAUUGAUUAACAUCAUAACUGUGCAGUCUAAUCUAAAAAAGUUUUCGCUGGACAUUUGUGAUUCUUACACGAACGGAACGGGAAGAUUUAUAACAGCUUUAAGUUCUCAGAAAGAAUCUCUAAAUUCGCUUUCUUUACUUAACAUCAAUUUCUCAAACAUCAAUCUGAAUCGAAUUGCGGGAUGUACAAAGCUAGAAACCAUUGGCAUGCAUAAUUGUUAUGGAACUACAAAGGGUACUUGUGAAAUGUUUUUGCAAUCACCAGUUCAACUCAAGAGUUUGACUUUAGACGGAAAUGAUUUUAUCGAUGAUAUAUUUUUACCAGCACUCAUCGAAAAGGCAGGAAAAACAUUAUUGGACUUGCGCACCGAUGAGAUAUCCGAAAAAACAUUAACGUCGUUGACCAAAUUUUGUCCGAACUUGGCUAAAUUCACACUAUUAUAUUAUGAGCAAGACUGCGACAUAUUUUUAGAUUAUUUAAAAGAGUCCAAAAUAAGGCAAUUCGCUAUUGAAUCUUCUGACUACCAUUAUUCAUCCGACUUGUUAAGAAUUUUAGGCGAAUUUCUUCCUUCUAAUCUUGAGAAAAUGUAUUUCAACUGUGAAUUUAGCAUAGAAUCUUUUGAAAAAUUUCUAGUAGACUAUAACGAUUCAUCAUCUAAAUCAUUGACGACUUUGUAUAUCAAAGACAUUUCGGGUCUUGCUCUUAGUUACCUUAGGGCAAUUGAGAGCUAUGCUGUGUGCAAUCCAUUGAAAAAUGUGGUGAUAGAACCCAUGAUGGAGGAUGCCUUAGACGAGUUAUCGGAUUUUGUACAAAGUAUCGGAAAGAAGGGAAUUAAUGUCUCUUUCGCAAGAGUGCUUUAG